UCAAACAUUUAAACAAAAUUCAAAACUCGAUUUCAAGAACUAAUAAAAUUGAGGAAAAUAUCGUAUUACCAAUUAUAACUCCAAGAUUUGCUCCAAGUUGCACUUCAAAUUUAUUAAACUGGCUUGGUGAUCUAUCCAAAAAGAAUGAUCUACACAUUCAAACUCAUAUUUCGGAAAAUAAGAAUGAAAUCCAAUGGGUUAAACAAUUAUUCCCAAGCUCCAAAAAUUACACGUCAGUUUACGAUGACCACAAUUUAUUAACUUCAAAAACAGUUCUAGCUCAUGCAAUUCAUUUAAACAAUGAUGAAAAAAAAUUAAUUAAAUUAAAAAAAUCGGGAAUAUCUCAUUGCCCAAUUUCAAAUUCCUCAAUUACUUCGGGCGAAGCCAGAAUUCGUUGGCUAUUAGAUGAUUCAAUUAAUGUGGGUUUGGGUACCGAUGUGUCUGGUGGAUUUGCUCCCUCGAUUCUUUCGACUGCUCGCCACGCUUUAUUGGUUUCUAGGCAUUUGUCUAUGAAAACAUUUGAAGAGCACGAUAAAUUGUCAGUCAACGAUGUCCUAUAUUUAGCUACAUUGGGUGGAGCAAAAGUGUUGAGUUUGGAAGAGUUGAUAGGAGAUUUCCACGUUGGUAAGAAAUGGGAUUGCCAAUUGAUUAAUCUCCGAGAAAGGGAUUCCCAGGUAGAUAUCUUUAGCUGGCAAUUACCGAAAUAUUUCCAUAAUAAGUUGGAAAGAGAAUUUAUUGGAAAUGAUAAGGAACAAGCUACCAAAUGGUUAUUUAACGGUGAUGAUCGAAACACCACAAGGGUUUGGGUAAAUGGUAGAUUAAUAAUUGAUAAAUCUUCUUGUUAG